UUAGGCAGGGGAAAGAAGGACGAAGACCACAACGAGUAAUAAGGCGAUUCUGUUGGCGACAGAGAGAUGGCUUUCGCUGCUGUCUUCUUCUUCGCGAUGUUCCUAGCUGCAUCCUGGCAGGUGGCGCAGCCGGUUAUGGCGCAACAGGGUCGGCAGUCUAUUCCUGAUUUGAUCGAGGGAUCCACGGCACGUAAGGAUUUGGGUGUUUUCGCUGAGAGUUUGCGAUCCGUCCCGGAUGCUCUUCAAGCGAUGGAGAGUCAGCGUCAAAAGCCUGAAGGGGUGACCAUCUUCGCACCCACCGACGACUCUCUGCUUGCUGCGCCGGAGUCUGUCACCCAAUGUCUGCGGCAAUCACCUCGAGCCAAUGAGAUUGCGACGGCUUUUCUGCUAUCUCACGCGAUUCCCGGGAGUCUGCCGAUGGACGCGUUGACGACGAAGGUCAGCCAGUCGCCGAAUGGCAAGUUCAUGCAGCCCACGUUGGCGGGAGGGGACUCCAGCCUUGUCGUUAUCCGCCAAGCGGCAUCAAGGUACCCUGGCGCAAAUACAGGCAUCUUCGUGGAUGAUGCGCAGAUCUUACCGGAUGGGUCCAACGUCGUGACUGCUUCGGGUCUCGUCGUGCACGCCAUCGAUGGGCCGAUUCUUACUCCGCAUGUCGUGCAGAUGAUAGAUGGUACUCUGACGAGGUCAGGGUUUUAACAGAGUUAGAUGUUCACUAUAUCGGUAUUACUGUAUCUCACAGGUUUGCUCAAGUUGAUCUUAGCCGACGUCGGUUAAUGGCCCCCGGUAUGCAUAUUACAUUCCAUAAGUCCUGUAAUUGGUAUGGGACGCUGGGCCCGGUUCCCAGCACGUGCUGCUUCCCACGAAUAGAUUGGAGACAUUUUGGUAUUAAAAAACAAUAAAAAAAAAGGAAAAAAAAAAGCAUGUGAAGUUGGCAGGUGAUUGUAAUUACUUAGAAGAAUCUCGUGACUUGAACUCGUCAUUUGAGACAAGCACCUAUACGACGAUCGAGGAAAGAAAACAGAACACGAUCGAGGAAGGUAAAGAGAACACGAGGAAAACGGUUCUGUUUCGGCUUGAGCGUUUGUGAUUGAUAGACGCUGAUUAGGACAUGAUCCCUCGUAAUUAGACUCGCUGUCCGUUUCACAGUGAGUCAGACAGGUUGUKUUCAAUGUUCAUGCCAUUUGAAGCAGGAGAGAUAAUGAACCAUAUAUAGUCAUCCAUURACAUUUUUUGUAACGUGACGUUUGUGUUAUCUGUCCCUGAGUUCUAAUCCAAGAGUGUGUCGCACAUGGUUCAUGCUUGAGCGCACUCCACGUG